CGAUAAGUGCUCCAACGUACCCAGCGUUACCAAGUGCUCGUAGAUGGUCGGUAUAGCCUUUGGUGAUGAUAGCUUGAGCCUACCUCAGCCAUGGUGAUGCACACUCCAUUCUCGGUUCAGACAUGUCGUCAGAGUUUCGCGGUCGUUCCUUUUGCUUCGCUGUAAAUAUCCUAUCCUCUUUUGCAUCUUCAGAAGACUGUAAUGGACUCUUAUCUCAGAAUCGUGUAUGCAAUACAUACUUUCCACCAACAUGUGCCUUUUUCGGAGUGACGUGGCGACCAUGCAGUGUCGGAUCUGCGAGAGUUUGGCCACACGAGACCGUGUUCACAGGUUGGUUGGUCAGCGACGGGCUGGGCCUCCUGAAAGUGGGCGGAUAAGCGACAUGUCACGAGAUGGAACCCCAGCCAUGAUCGAGAGCUUUUUUGCAUGUCAACUAGCGCAUGUCCGACCGGAAUGAAGGGAGUCCCGC